AGUUGCAUUUCGUCUUCCUCCAGCAGAGGAAAGAUGUUUACAGUAAAGCCCCACCUCUUUCUUCAGACUCUACGGUGAUUGGGAACUUCCACAGAGCCACAGUCAUCCAGGUGCAGCCAGGAAAUACUUUGCGUCCACGGGGAAUACAGCUUGUCUCUGUCUGUCUGCUUCUGUGCUAACACUGUUUAUUGUUGUUAAGGUUUUACAGCAGGGCCAUGGCACCGAAGAGACGAGCUGCUUCUGCAGCCAAGGCAGGUGGAAAGAAGGUGAAGGAAGAGCCCGAAACACCAAAACCCAAGGAUGCUUUCACUUCUGCAAAAGAGGCCCUUCUGGCUGCAGGGCCACAAAUAAAAGGCAAAAAGAAGGUGGAUGAGCACUGUCCACUGUCAUCCUCUGGAGAGGUAUAUGAGGACUAUGACUGCAUGCUCAACCAGACAAAUAUUGGACAUAAUAAUAAUAAGUUUUAUGUCAUCCAAAUUAUUAAAGCCAACAACAAAUACUAUUCAUGGAACAGAUGGGGUAGAGUGGGGGAAGCGGGGCAAAACAAACUAAGCAACCCGUUUGAUAAGCCUGAGAAUGCCGUUAAGGAUUUUGAGAAAAAAUUUAAGGACAAGACAAAGAAUAACUGGAGUGACCGAGUGAACUUUGUCUCUCACUCUGGGAAGUACACCUUAAUUGAAGUGGAUGGAGAGCAGGAUGCUGAGGUCAAGGUGGACAGCGUUGAUGGAAAAACAGUCCAGCUUUCGAGAAAUGCACUGCCUUGCACCCUUGAUGAAGCUACACAAAAACUUAUCACACUCAUUUUCAGCAAUGACAUGUUCAAAGAGGCAAUGGAAUGCAUGAACUUAGAUGUUAAAAAGAUGCCUUUGGGUAAGCUCAGUAAGGUGCAGAUUGCAAAAGGCUUUGAAGUUCUGGAGGAGAUUGAAGCAGCUAUGAGUCAGAGGAGUGGAAGAGGGCGUCUGGAGGAACUUUCUUCAAAGUUCUUCACAACAAUCCCACACAACUUUGGCAGGAACAGACCGCCAACCAUUGACGACAACGAGAUUGUUGAAAAGAAAAAAGAAAUGCUUAUGGUGCUGGCUGACAUCGAGCUUGCACAGACUUUGAAGACAGAAACUGAGAAGGCUCAGGAAGAGAUGAUAGAGACAAUUCCUCAUCCUAUCGAUCAAGACUACAUGUCUCUCAAAUGCAAACUGACUCUAAUGGACAAAGAUACAAAAAAUUUUAAGAUCAUAGAAAAAUACCUGAAUGCAACUGCAAAUAAUUAUUGUAAGCCAAAAAUUAUCAACGUUUGGGAAGUGGACCGAGAGACGGAGGGACAACGUUUUAGCAAGAAUGAUAAACUGGAGAACCGCCGUCUGCUGUGGCAUGGUACCAACAUAGCAGUUGUUGCUGCUAUUCUGAAGAGCGGCUUGAGGAUAAUGCCCCAUUCAGGGGGCCGUGUUGGUUGUGGCAUUUACUUAGCAUCUGAAAACUGCAAGUCUGCGUGCUACGUGCGUCCCUCAAAAAAUAUAGGAGUGAUGUUUCUGAGUGAAGUAGCUCUUGGUAAAGAGCAUACCAUCACCAAUGAUAACCCUAGCCUAAAGAAGGCUCCUGCUGGCUUUGAUAGUGUGGUGGCACGAGGUCAAGUGGAACCAGAUCCUUCUAAGGACACUGUCAUCACCCUGGAUGGCAAAAAGGUUGCAGUACCUCAGGGAAAAGCUAUAGCACAACCCCAGUUCUCAGGGAGCUCCUUCAGCAACAGUGAAUAUCUCAUCUACAAAGAGAGCCAGUGUCGCAUUCGCUACCUGCUGGAGCUAAAAAUGCAUUAAUAUUUCAAAUCAAAGAGAGAAACGGAUGUUUUUGAGAGAGAAAAAAGUUAAGUUUCACUUCCCACAAGGCUUAGAUAUACUGUUUGUCAUAUCUAAUAUGACUUACUGUCUUAUUGAAGACUGGUUGUGUCAAAAUUUAAGCCAUUUUGCAUAGAUUAAUUAUUUUCUGUGCCUUAUAUUUUCUUGUGUGAUAGAAAAUAUUUAGUGUAGGACUCGUGAGAAAAUGCUAAUAUUUCUUUUCUUUACCAUAAUGUGGAGGAUGACCUUUAAUAGUACGUCUGCUAUAAUCCUUUCUUUGAUGAAUGCCUGAGAAAUUAUUUUUGCAUUAUUGAUAGCAACCUAGGUUGUGAGCAUCUCAUUUGUAGUUGCCAUAGUCUCAUUCCACUGCAAAAGUGGGACAGAGGUGAGGUUAUGCAACAACUAUACCAGAUUGUAGAUUAUGAAAGUUAAAGAUGGUCAAAAGAAGUUUGAAAUAUUUGAAACUAUAAAAUUUUAACGCAUUGGCUGUGGGGGAAGACUCCUUUGAAUGCUCCUCUAAAUGCAAAGUAGUCCUUUAAAAUGAGGAUAUAAUGGAUAUUUAAAGGUAACUCGAAGCAUGUCUUUGCAGGUUUUUUAACACAUUUUGAAAAUAAUAGAGCUGCAGCAGAAUGAAAAACGGCAUGUGUUCACGUUAUCAAAGGAAUGAAGUGCAGCUUGUGGCCGAUGUUACAAAUCUAAUGUUUUGUUGAACUGUCUGAAAGAUGUAUUGAAAGAUGUAUUCACGUCAUAAAUAGCUUUUUCAUGCCUAGUAGCUCUAGGUUUGUUCCCAGAACUAGCCUACGGCAUCAGUAAGACGCAGCCUGCUUUGAAUGGAAACGACGUCUGCAUAUUUGCACUGACUAUAUGACUUAAUCAAUAUUGCUUGAACUUGGGAUGCAGUAAUAAACUGAACUACCCCUGUAAACCUG